GCGAAAGCAGCUGGGGCGACGAGGGGGGGGAGCCGUAGAAGGAGGAAGUGGGACAUGCAACGCGACCCUACAGAGCCAAGGAUCCAACAGGACGACCCUGUCAUGUCUUCAGGAGUCCCCAGUGAUGAGUCUGCACCCCCGGCCGUUUCUACAUCCUCGCUGCCCUUGGCUGCGCUCAACGUGCGAGUGCGGCGCCGCCUGUCGCUUUUCUUGAACGCGCGGACACAGGUGGCCGCCGACUGGACCGUGCUGGCUGAGGAGAUGGGUUUCGAGUAUUUGGAGAUCCGGCAGUUUGAGGCGCGCCCAGACCCAACCGGCAGCCUGCUGGACGCCUGGCAGGGCCGCCCUGGCGCUUCCGUAGGGCGGCUGUUGGAGCUGCUCUCCACGCUGGGCCGUGAAGACGUGCUGGUGGAGCUGCGGCCCAGCAUCGAGGAGGAUUGCAAGAAGUACAUUUUGAAGCAGCAAGAGCAGGAAUCUGAGAAGCCCUUACAGGUGGCCAGAGUAGACAGCAGUAUACCACGGACAGAGGAGCUGUCAGGCAUCACCACACUUGAUGACCCAAUGGGGAAAGUACCUGAGCGUUUUGAUGCCUUCAUCUGUUACUGCCCCAGUGAUAUCCAGUUUGUGCAGGAGAUGAUCCGGCAACUAGAACAGACAGAAUAUCGGCUGAAGUUGUGUGUGUCUGAUCGUGAUGUCCUGCCAGGCACCUGUGUCUGGUCCAUCGCUAGUGAACUCAUCGAAAAGAGGUGUCGCCGGAUGGUGGUGGUUGUGUCAGAUGAUUACUUGCAAAGCAAGGAAUGUGACUUCCAGACCAAGUUUGCACUCAGCCUCUCCCCAGGUGCCCAUCAGAAGCGCCUGAUCCCCAUCAAGUACAAGGCAAUGAAGAAGGAGUUCCCCAGCAUCCUGCGGUUCAUCACUGUCUGUGACUACACCAACCCCUGCACCCAGUCCUGGUUCUGGACACGCCUUGCCAGGGCCUUGUCCCUGCCCUGAAGAUGACUCUAGGAUCCCCGGGGUGUCUCCAUCUGUCUCCCUGUCCAUGUGCUUCUGCUGGUGCCUCUUCCUGGGAUUGUGGGGGGAAUCUGUGCUCCACUUGCCUCUCUGUUCCUAGAGGUGCCAACUCCACAGAUACAUCUGCACUAAUCAGACAUCAUGUGGACACCACCUCUCUGUCCUGAUGGAACCACCACUAGGAUUGGUACCUUCACUUGCUGAGUUAUCAGCCAGGACAGUGUAAACCAGGGUCAGCUGGAUGAGAAAAAAAAAGCUGCUCAGGAGUAAGUAAGAAGAGGAGCAGUCAAGUCAUCUCUGAGUCAUUCACACAUCUUCCACCUCACUUUCUCUACCUGAGCAGUACAAUGUGGAGUUUUGGUGGGAGCUGUGUUCAAACCACUGCAGGAAAAGGUUGAGUAUUGCUCUGGCUCUCUUGGAGGAGAUGAUCUUGGCUGAGAAAGAACUGACUGCUGCUAGACCACAUGCUGGCCACCAGUGGGACCAUGCACCUGCUGGGGCAGCUGCUUCCACUGUGAUGUCUAUUCACCACCUCACAACCCCCUUCCUCCUCUCUGUAGGGCAGUUGAGGAAGCUGGCUACUCCUUCUAACAGAACCUGCCUUGAGCCUGCUUCUAAUGGGUCUUCUCUCAGCUACAUCUUUGACUCCCCCAAGCCUCUGCUCCAAAAGACCAUCCUGAACAGCUGGUGCUGCUUUUCACUUCUACUCAUCCAGACACCUGUCAGCUCUCCUCAGUUCUUCUUGACCUGGGUUGUCAUCCUGGCCUCUGACAUAUCAUCAGAUAGGCCUCUGGGGUUGAGUCACCAGUGUCAUGUCAACAGAGAACCUUCCUUCCUGGGUCACCCACAGAGAGCUUUCCCACUAUCUUUCUGUGUUUCCAUUGCUUUGUUUGCCAACAAAUAGAAGCCACAUAAGAACAUCCUUCCCCAAAAUUUGUGGGCACACAGCCACCCAUAAUCUUCCCCAUAUGAGCACAUACAAGUUGACUCAUACACUCUCACCCACAGAGGUACCUACAUGUACAUGUUUCUUUGGUGCAGCUCCCAGGGACAGCUGCAUGGGAAAGUUCCACCUUCAAGGGGGUCUGACCAUCUCCUCAGACAAGAAUGGGUGCUCUUGAUUCCUUUUUUCUCUUUAAAACCAAAGUCUGGAAAGGGUCCAAGGUGCCAGCAUUUCAAUGAAGGGCAGACAGAGUAGGAGAGCUCCUUGAACUGGCAUAGCAGGCAAGGACAUUUUCUUCCUCCCAAGGUGGUUUGUACCUUCCCCUCAAAUUCUCUAUGAGGGAGAAAAUGUCAUGGUCCCAGUUCCCUGUGCUCAAGGACAGACCCCAAGGCCCUAAAAUAAUAGAAAAUCACUUCUCUGCUCCACCUUGGCCAGGCUGGGGCAAGGUGCCUUCCCACAGGAUUCCAAGAAUCCUGUCCUCCCAUUGAUAUUGGGAAUUUUACAGCAAUUUCAAGAAAGCAUUAUCCACCCCUUUUUCAUAUGAUUUGUGAGAAUUUCAAAGAGAUCUGAAAAAUGCCUGUGUUUGUCAUUUAUCUUUCUCUAUUUUGGGUUUAUAAUAAAAAUAUUCUAUUUGGGGAAGGUGUGUAUAUGUGGGUAUGUGUGUGCACACACACACUCAGGAAAGGAGUUUGGAAGCAGUAAGCUGGAUAGCAUUCUCACCAGUAAGAGAGGCUGGCUGGUUGGGUGGGUUCCAGAGGGCUUGGCAGGGGCUCCCUCCUCCUCUUGGGCUCAAAUCUUAACAGGGCAGAAUGCAGAACCAGGAGCACCCAACCUGAACAAAAAGGCUGGAAAAUAAUUAACAGAGUCUCAGGAAUUUAUGAGACUGUGUACAAAAAAGAACUAGUUUGCUACCCAAAUCUGAAAGGAGAGGAAAAGAAAUUUGAGCUAAAAAAAAGUAUUCAAGGGUCUGGGGUUGUGGCUUAGUGGCAGAGUGCUUGCCUAGCACGUGUGAGGCACUGGUUUCAAUUCUCAGCACUACAUAUAAAUAAAUAAAGGUCCAUCAGCAACUAAUAAAAAAGUAUUCAAGGAGAUAUGGCUGAAACUACAAAAAUGAAGUAACUGAGCAUAAAUCAAGAAACUGAGCAAACCUCAUCCAUGAUGAAGCCAAAGAAAUCCUCACCAAGACAUAUCAGAGUCCAGUUUUGAAGACCAAAGACAAAGAAAACAAUAUCUUGAAAGCAGUCAGGACAAAUGGGAUCUUAGAAAUAUUUGAACAACCUCAGGUUUCCAUUCAGCAGCUGUAGGGGUGAGAAAGCAGGGGUUUAACAAGUGCUGGGAAGAAAGAACUGUCACUCAAAAUCCUUCACCCCUCUCCAAAAAAAAAAAAAAAAAUCCUUCAUCCAGUGAAAA